AUGGCUUGUGCAAUCUUCAUUCUCUUCAUCACCAUUUUCUCUUUCUUAAGUCCAAGCUCUGUUGCUUAUGCACAAAACGAUACGCUCAAACAAGGCCAGCUGCUCCGGGACUAUGAGCAGCUAAUUUCUGCUGGAGGGGUCUUCAGGCUGGGAUUCUUUAGCCCCAACCCAAAUGUAGGCUUGAUCGGUACAGCUGGUGCCCGGGUAAAUGAUGUAUAUGAUUUCAAGUUUGUAGCAAAUGGGGAGGAACGUUAUUUCUCAUAUUCUAUCAAGGAGAGAUCUAUUUUAUCCAGGUGGGACUUGGACACAUUAGGUGAAGUUACAGUGUUGACUGUGGACAAACGAGAUGGUCAUAGUGGGUGGAGAUUUGAAACUUCUGGUGCAUGCAAUUACGAUUUCAAGAAUUCAACUUCAGUUUGCCUAACUGAGAAGCCUAUUAAGUGCAGGAAUGGUACUGAAUCUUUUGUGCCCAAGAGAGGGUACAUCGAUUUAUCUCAGUCUUGGUAUGAUUCUGAUACAAGCUUGGCUCUUAGUGAUUGUCACGCCCGAUGCUGGAAAAAUUGCACCUGCGAUGCCUAUCAGGCUUUAAAUCCUAGUGAUGGCAUCGGUUGCCAGUUUUGGAGCAAUGUAUCAAGCUUCACCCCUAGUGACAACUUGGAGUUUGUUUACCUUCUUACUAAUGAAAGCAACGAAGGUAGAACGGUUUAA